AUGCAAAUAAAAUUUAAAUCCUCAAAAACUCCUUUUUACAAAAUUGCAAAAAAUAAAAAUAAAAAGAUAAUUUGUCUUAAAGAAGAAAUAUCUAUUGCCGGCGCCAUGUAUCUUAAAAAAAGAAAAAAAGAUUGUGUAUGUAUUCUCGAAGAUGAAGACAUUCAAGUCUAUGAAGAUUUAGAAUUUAAAAUCAAACUUGAAACUAUGCCGAAUAAAGAAAUUCCUAAACCCGAUAAUAUAAAAAUAUUAGAUAUUAGUAAUCCGUUAGUUCCCAUUCGUGGUACCAAUUAUUUUUUAUAUGAACAUCCAUCGGAUGGAUUGUAA